AUGGCGGCCAUAUCAUCAUCUCCAGUUGUCCAAGCGAUCGAUCAGAAAUCUAUUCACCAGAUUUGCUCUGGUCAGGUUGUUUUAAGUAUUGCAACUGCAAUGAAAGAGCUUGUUGAAAAUAGCUUGGAUGCUGGAGCCACCAACAUCGAAAUCAAACUACGAAAUCAUGGCGCUGACGUUUUAGAGGUUAUCGAUAAUGGCUGUGGGGUAGAACCCCACAAUUUCGAAGCGUUGACUUUAAAGCACCAUACCUCGAAGCUAAAAGAUUUCUCCGAUCUCGCAAGCGUGGAAACGUUUGGUUUCAGAGGGGAGGCACUAAGCUCCCUUUGUGCGCUGAGCAAACUUAUAAUAGUGACACAUCACUCGUCCCAGACUGUGGCAACAAGACUAGAAUAUGAUCACAAUGGAAAACUGCUUUCCAAGAACCCUUGUGCCAGGGCUGUUGGCACCACAGUGUCAUUAGAAAACCUUUUUUCAACUUUACCUGUACGCCAUAGAGAGUUUCUCAGGAACAUCAAAAGGGAGUUCUCAAAACUAGCACAUGUCCUUCAAGGAUACUGUCUUGUAAGUACAGGUGUGAGGAUAAUGUGCAGUAAUCAAGUGGAAAAGGGAAAGAAGACAACAAUUGUGUCAACAAAUGGAAGUGAUCAGGUGAAGGAUAACAUAACCUGUGUCUUUGGACCAAAGCAGGUACAAACUAUAAUGGCUUUUGAACAAUCAGCGCCAAACGAAGAGGAUUGCAAUGAAAUCGGCCUUGAUGCAGCGAAAACUGACCUACAGAACAAUCCCUUCCAUAUCACGGGCUAUAUUUCAAAACCAGAUCACGGCAUGGGACGUAGUAGUGCUGAUCGUCAGUUUUUGUACAUUAACAAAAGACCUUGUGAACUAUCCAAAGUGCUCAGAGUCAUAAAUGAGGUUUAUCACACUUACAACAGACAUCAAUAUCCUUUUGUGAUGCUAGAUAUUACCUUAGCAAGAGAUGGAGUGGACGUGAAUGUGACUCCGGACAAACGACAGGUUUUUGUUCAGGAGGAGAAGGUGCUCCUGGCCACAAUGAAAUCAUCCUUGAAGAGAAUGUUUGACCCUUGUACAGCUUCAUUUGAUGUCAAUCAAAAACCUCUGAUGCAAAUAACACUGGCCGAAUCUUUCUCAGCAAAAGAGGCUAACAAUGUGACUUUCCCCGAGAACGAGCAACUUCGUAAUCAGAAAGGUACGGGCUCUACGGUCAAUAAAGAUGCUAAAGUAUCACAGUCUGUAGAGCCUAUGUUGAUAUCCAGACCUGGUGUGUCUGAAGAGAGAAUGAGGUUCCCUUCCCUCAGUAGUUUUAAGAGGAAAUUCUCAGCUGUUGAUGGAUAUGUUAAGAACAAACCAAGAGAACCCUGCAGUAAGCAAGCAAGGCUUACUUCUAUGUUUUCUCGGGUUGGUGGUUUGUCAAAUCGAAGCCACAACGUGGGACUACGAUCUGACAGGAAACAUACAACCGUAAUUAACGGCCACGGAGAUGAUGAAGAACUCAGGGAAGAUGGCAGAAGUAACGAACAUGUUAUUGAAGUUCAGGACGAAUUAGACACGAAGAACUUUGUGAAAGAGAAGUAUGUCCUUGAUCAUAAUAAUGAGGACUGCACAGUACAGCGUGAAAGCGACAGUGUAUCAAGAGUGAGUGAGGUAAGGGACACACCUUGCGGAGCGACUGUUUCAGAUGAUAAUUCUGUUGAGGAGAGUAGUUCAAGAUGUCCUGCUUCUUCCCAAAGUUUUAGUUUUAUAAACGAAUCCGGAGAAAACAGCCAAAAUGAUCCAGAGCCUGUGAAUGAAAAUCAAUGCUCUUAUAAAAAUGUGGAUGGCAGAGAUGACGCCAUGAAGUCGUUACUUGUAACUCCUAAACGUCCGAAUGCUUCAAGUACAAAACAAGUUGCUUCCGGUUCAUUUAGAGACCGGAAGGAAAACACAGUUAACUUUAGUAUGGAUAAUCUGAUAACUAACGUCAAGAAACCGCAGCGAGAAAAAACAAGGGCUGUUGAAGCUCGCUUGUUCAGAGCCAAGAUUGCUCCAGAGAGUAAUUCUAGUGCAGAGUCAGAGCUGAGAAAGAAUAUUAGCAAAGACAUGUUUAAACGGAUGGAAAUUCUAGGUCAGUUCAAUUUGGGUUUCAUCAUCGCUAAACUGGACAAUGAUUUGUUUAUAAUCGAUCAGCAUGCAUCGGAUGAGAAGUAUAACUUUGAAGAUCAGCAGCGCAAUACCACAAUCAGGUCACAACGGCUCAUUGUUCCACAGAAACUUGAACUAACUGCUGCUAACGAAGCCAUCCUCAUGGACAAUGUGGAUAUAUUUCGAAAGAAUGGGUUCGAAUUUGAAAUUGACGCAAAUGCUGAAGCGAUGAGGAAGGUCAAACUAGUUUCGCUUCCAAUGAGCAAGAACUGGACCUUCGGCGUGGAGGAUAUCGAAGAACUGAUUUUCAUGUUGAGUGAUUCUCCCGGCAUUAUGUGCAGACCUUCAAGAGUUAGGAAGAUGUUUGCGAGCCGUGCAUGCCGUAUGUCUAUCAUGGUUGGAACAGCAUUGGAUCAAGCCCAGAUGAAGAAGAUUGUCUGUCAUAUGGGUGAGAUUCAACAUCCAUGGAAUUGUCCUCAUGGCCGGCCCACCAUGAGACAUUUGGUGAACCUUGGCAUGCUGCCAUCAUCAGAUUGCCAUUGAAAAUUGACGAAUUAAGGUCAAAUUUUUCCUCAUUUUAAAGGAAACGGAGGAAAUUAUUGUCCGCAUUAGUGAGAUAGAGAAUCCACGCUUGUUCCCGAUCAA